AUGACUAUUGCUGCAUAUGCGUAUGAAACAAAUGAAGCAAGAAGAGCACACGAAUUAGUAAACGAAAACUCAACUUUAACCGUUGAAGGCAAUGAUUUAGUCAUUGACGAUGGAAAAACUAAAAAAGUCAUUGAUUUCGAUACUUUUAACACUUAUGACCCAUUCAUUACAACAAGCAAGGUUCCCAUCAUAAAUGAUGGAACGGUGCAAUAUAUAAAUUCUACAGUAGAUGCCUCAUUAGUGAAAGUACUGAAUGUUCUCAUUGAAUUGUUAAAGAGCUUUCGAUUUGACGACAACAUUAAAUGCCUAAAGAAUUUAGUCAUGAAUGAGAAACAAAUUCUCGGCGUUGCUGGUAGCAGUAAUGAUGUACACCUUAUGACAUUAGAAUAUUAUAACGAACAUAAAGAUGAACUGAAAGGAGAGAAGGGUGACACCGGACCACAAGGACCACAAGGACCACAAGGAAUACAAGGAAUACAAGGAAUACAAGGACCUCAAGGCGAAAACGGUUUGGAUGGAAAGGAUGGAAAGGAUGGAAAAACUGCUAAAUCAUGGAUAUGGGACCUUAUAAAUACUGGUUUAACAGCUGCUUCAUAUGGAGUUCUUCAAUACCAAAUCGGAAAGAUAUGGGCAGUACUUGGUGAAGAAGCUUUAGAUGACGUUAAAAAUGCUUUGAACUUCAUUUCAAAUGGUUCGGAUACUAUUAAAACUUUAUCUGGUUGGAUGCAAGAAACAAGGAGUCAAAUAGAUACUGUAAGACGUAUAGCAAACAAUGCACGUACGGGAUUGGAUACUUUACGAGAAGCACAAAAUACACUAAAGGAAGCAAAUGAUAUUCUUGGCUCAGUAUCAGACAUGCAUGAAGAUUGGCUUAAAGGUAUUGACAAAUCUUUAAAAAAUCACAGUCAGUCUAUUGCUGACUACAAGAAAAGUAUAGAUUUUUUACAUAGUGCUAUGGACGUACAUGAUGGAAGCAUAAGGAACUUACUUAAUGCUAACAAUAACUUACCAGGAACUAUUAAAGCAUUUAUAAAGUCCUUUGUAAAACCCGGUGCUCUAACAUUUAGGUCUUUGAGAGCAAGAGCAUUGAAGUCAAGAGAUGCAGAAACUCCAACAGAAACUCCAGAAGGAACUGAAACAACAGAAACUCCAGAAGAACCACCAAAACCAACAGCUAAUGAAAUAUUGUUCGAAUAUUUUCCAAGGUACUCUGUUCUCAUUGCAUACAUUCAAGAAAUACUUAAGAAAGCAGACUUGACUUUAGGAGAUGAUGAAAGUUCUGUAUAUCUUUCGUUCCAGUUUCAAAUAGCAGAACUUUUGAGACAGAUAUGCUUAAUGUAUGACAACAUCUCUGAUUUCACAAGAUAUGAUGACGACCAUGACCCCGAACACGGUGAAGAAGAAGUUUUACAAACAUCCAUUAAGACAGGAAAGGUUUUAACUCAAAGUCUCAUUAUUGACACCAAAGAUGGCGAAGUGGACGUUCUUCAAGAGCUGAAGAAAAAUACUUCUUCGGGAGGUGGUGGUAGGCAUGAACUUGAAAUAAAUGAGAUAGAAGAGAAAUUAGCCGAAAAAGCAGAUAAAGAACAUAAACACAAUAUCUCCGAUAUAAAUGAACUUCAAGCUACAUUAAAUAAUAAAGCGGACAAAAAUGAACUUGACGCAAUGAACAAAGUUUUGAAAUCUCAUAAACACAAUAUCUCCGAUAUAAAUGAACUUCAAGCUACAUUAAAUAGUAAAGCGGACAAGAACCACGUUCAUUAUAUAACUUCAGACGAACAGAUUAUAACGGACUACCAUGGAUAUUUAACACGAAGUGAUGAAGCGAAGACAAAAAAUGUUAAUGAAAGAAGAUAUAAAUACAUUCGUGCUAAAGGUUAUGACAUAAGCUGUACUGUACAGUAUGAUGUAGCUAAAGCACCAGAAGCAUUUGGUUAUACCGGUGAAAUUUAUGCCUCUACUUUCAAUGUUAACGGUGUAUUAGUUGAACCAAGAUUUACAUUGAGAGUUAAGGCAAAAAUAACGUUUGAAGAUGCUAUUAAAAGUAAAGCUGACAAAGUUGAACUUGAAGCAAUGAACAAAGUUUUGAAAUCUCAUAAACACAAUAUCUCCGAUAUAAAUGAACUUCAAGCUACAUUAGACAGUAAAGCAGACAAGAACCAUACACAUAAAUCCUUCACUACUGUUAGAGCAGACGACAUAAUAUUGAACUAUACCCUUGGUUCAAGUGCACCUUUAGAGAAUCCAAGUACAAGCGUAAAAGAUACACUAAACUCCUUAAAUAACAAAUGUAUGAAUAUCGAAGGUCAUGCCAGAAACUUUGAAGCACAUGAACUACCAGCAAUGUUAGAUAAGAAAGCAGACAAAACUUAUGUGGAUGCAGAACUAACAAAGAAAUUUUCGAAACCAGAUACAAUGACAUUUACAACAGAAAUUAUAAAUGGUGAACCAGCAACUCCAUUUGAAUUUGUUAGAGGUCUUCAACCAGAUACUUUUGAAUUUUUCUUGGAUAAUUCUAUUGAACUAACAUUACAUUAUAAAAGUGGAACAAAUGCAACAUUUCAUCCGGGAGAUACAUUCCAAAUGGUAUUUAAUGACAUAAGUUCUUUAGAAUAUGUUUAUAGAGUUAUGAGCAUAUAUGAUUUAAUAUAUCCUAUAGGAGCUGUUUAUACGUCUAUGAAUCCAAUAAAUCCAAACACUUUAUUUGGUGGUAGAUGGUAUGAAAUAGUUGACAGUUUUCCAUUCUACACUAAUACGCAGUCAAUGAAGAUGGGAGGUUCAAAGAAAAUCGGUAUUGAAAACCUUCCUUCACAUAUGCAUAGGUUCAGUGGAAGAACAUCUGUGGAAGGAAACCAUUCACAUUCAAUAACAAAAAGAGGUUAUAUAAAUCUUGCAGCGGGUUCGAAUAGACAGGGAAUGAACAGAUAUGAUAUCACAACUGACCCAGUAGAUUCAAGCACAGGUAUUUUCUGUGGAACUGCAGGAAAUCAUACACAUGUUGUAGCUGGUAUUACAGACCCAGCAGGUAAUGGAAAAGAUUAUAUGCCUCCUUAUAUAACAAUGCACGCUUGGAUACGAGUUGGUUAA